AUGUUCCUCCUCCCACAGCUCCGUUCCCUCCUCCGUCCCACCCUCUUCAAAAGACAUUUCCACCCCUCCGCCGCCGCCCUCACGACACUGCGCGAUCCGGCCCGCCCCUCACUGUACUACCACCUCCUCCCCUCCCCGACCACGCAACAUUUUGCGCUCUCCUUCCUCCCUUCCCCGCCCGCCUCCGCCCGGUCAAAAACGAUAAUCGGCUACCUACCCGCCCUCCAGUCGACGCGUACGACUUCCGAUCCCGUCGAUGCAUAUGACUCAGGUUCACAAGCGGAGGGAGAAGGAGAGCUGGGGCUAAACGACUUUCGUGAAAAUGCGCCUUUUCUCCAGCUGCUGCAUGAGGUCCUUAAACGCUCGGUUGCGGAAGACGCCGCCUGGGCUGGGGAAGCACUCGCUCGGAGGGAGGGGUUUAUGCCUAUUUCUGGUGCGUCUGUGUCUGCGUCUCCGUCUAUCGUACCGGAGAGCUAUGAGCCUAUGCCGACCUAUCGCGUGUGCACGACGGAUGGGGUUGUGACGCUUUCUGAGGGAUUGGAGAGCAGGUUGGUGGAGGAAUUAGAGAGGGUUGAUCUGGAGGAACAUGAGAUGUUGAAGGCUGAUGAGGAGGGCUGA